UUUUCUUGAUAAAAAAAUUUUCUUUCUAUUUUGAGAAAAAAAAAAAAAACAGUAAAAGAAAAGAAUGGGUUCUGAAACAUUUGUAGAAGUUAUACUAGCAAUAUUGUUACCUCCUGUUGGUGUUUUCCUUCGUUACGGUUGUGGAGUGGAGUUUUGGAUAGAUAUGGUGCUUACAUUUUUGGGAUACAUUCCAGGGAUUAUAUAUGCCAUUUAUGUAUUGGUUGGAUGACACUUGAAUAAUUAACAUUUUAUUUUGUGUACAUUUCUCUCUUCCUUUCUUUUUUUUUUUUAACGAU